AUGGAACAUAUUUUCAGUUGUAGGAAAGCAUUGAGCGAGUGGAGGAGACAAAAUAAUAUAAACUCUGCAAAAUUGGUGGAAGAGCUUAAAGAAAAAGUAGAGGGUCUAUAUGCAGAUGAUAAUGCCACAACUGAGGAAAUUGCAGCGGUUUUGAAAGAGCUUUCUGAUGCUCUUAAGGCAGAAGAAAUGUUCUGGAAACAAAAGAGUCGCGUAUUUUGGCUAAGGGAAGGAGAUCGCAAUACGGAAUUUUUCCAUGCCUUAACGAAACAAAGGAGAGCAAGGAACAAGAUCACUCAGCUACUGGAUGAAAAUGGAAAUAUUGUGAAAGAUGAAGAAGGAUUAGUAGCCAUUGCUACUAGCUAUUUUAGACAAAUCUUUGAGUCUUCUAAUCCACAGGAUAUUGAAGAAGCUCUAUCUGAAGUUCCUACGACAAUAACGGAGCCAAUGAACGAAAGUCUUACAGCACCGGUAACGGAGUGGGAGAUUAAAUUAGCACUCUUUGCUAUGCAUCCAGAAAAAGCUCCGGGACCAGAUGGGAUGACUGCGCUGUUUUACCAGAAGUUCUGGGAUAUAGUAAAGGAUGAUUUAACUCUUAUGGUUAAUAAAUUCCUUACUGAAGGGAUAAUGCCAGAUGGGCUGAAUGAGACUAAUAUUUGUCUAAUCCCAAAGACAACAAAACCUAAUGUGAUGGCUCAGUUUCGGCCUAUUAGUUUGUGUAAUGACCAAGCCAAGUGGGCGCAACAAAAAAUGGCUAUUAAAACAGAUAUGAGCACAGCCUAUGAUAGGAUGGAAUUGUCAUUUAUUGAAGCUGUGAUGAGAAAGAUGGGUUUCUCAGAAACAUGGAUCACAUGGAUAAUGAGAUGUAUUACGUCGGUACAAUACAAAGUCCUCAUGAAUGGACAACCAAGAGGAAAUAUUAUCCCAGGAAGGGGCCUGUUCCAAGGGGAUCCUUUAUCUCCUUUCAUUUUUAUUCUAUGCACGGAAGCGCUCGUUAGCCUUCUUAAUCAUGCAGAGAACCAGGGAAAGAUAACGGGGAUGCGCGUUACCCGCGCGUGUCCAUCGAGGAUUAACGCAACCACAAGGCAAGAGAUCAAAGAUGUACUUGGAAUACAAAAUGAUGGAGGGAUGGGGACUUACUUGGGUAUCCCAGAAGAUAUUAGUGGUUCAAAAUGCAAGCUCUUUGCUUUCCUAAAAGACAAAUUAAUGCAUAGAGUGACUGGCUGGACAGGUCGUUGGCUCUCGAAAGGUGGGAAGGAGUGCUAUUGCUCAAUUCUGGUGGUGCUCAAAUCCCCCAAAAAGAGGAAUACACUGGUCGAAAUGGGAGAAAGUUUGCCUACCGAGAGAAGAAGGAGGGAUUGGAUUUCUAUUUCCGCUGCGAGGGAGCUUUUGUUGUUGGGAAUAAGGCAGAAAAUACAUUCUGGUUAUGAGGUGAAGGUGUGGGAGGAUCCCUGGAUUCCAAUAACUCCUGCUAGGCCGGCUAAACCUAUAGCGCCAGUUAUGCAUCCAAAUAUGAGGGUGAGUGAUCUUAUUAAUCAGGAGUUGAAGGAAUGGGAUGUUGAUCUACUGGAACAAUAUGUCAGCCCUGCUGACAUACCCCUUAUAAGGAGUUUGGCCAUAAGCACAACUCAUAGGCCUGACACGUUUUGCUGGAGUUUCACAAGAAAUGGACAAUAUACAGUCAAGUCGGGAUAUUGGGUUGCUCAAAAUCUUCUAAAGGAUGCAGACGAAAAACAAGUGUUAGAGCCAAGUAUUACAAAGCUUCAAGCCUUUGCUUGGAAGAUAAAGGCGCCGAAGAAAAUUUGUCAUCUUAUAUGGAAAUUGUUAACUGGUCAAGUGGCAGUAACGAGAAAUCUAGUAAGACGAAAUAUGAGAUGUGAUAAUUACUGUCCAAGAUGUGGUGAGCCAGAGGAAUCAGUAACACAUGCUAUUUUCGAAUGCCCACCUGCUCUACAAGUUUGGCUACACUCAUCAACUCCAACGAGUCCUGCUGUUUUUCCAGCACCAAGUAUAUACACGAGUAUGAACUACCUCUUCUGGGAAAAGAACGGUAUACUUGAACCAGAUCAAGACAGGGAUCCUUAUCCCUGGCUGAUUUGGCUCAAUUUAUUGGGUGUGGAUGGGUCUGGUUGGACAGCGGGGGAGUCACGCAACUCAUGGGAUCACAGAACUUCCCCAGAAGAGAAUCAGCUCUGCACUCAGAAGUGGAAGCAUUGCGAUGGGCGAUGGAGAAUAUGCUUCAACAUUCAACUUGCCAGAACUUUGGAACAGACUGUAAAGAUUUGA